CGCGCCGAGUGCCCCGGGGCGGGGGGUGUCGGAGCGGGUGUCUUCGUGGGCGCCUUCCUCCCGCGCGAGCGCGUUCCUGGCCCGGCUGGCCGCGUUGGGCCCCGGGGCAAGCAAAGGACAAGAGUUCUUCUUGCUGCCGGAAGGAGCCCGCCGCACUGGGGCUCCUGCCUGGGGUGGGGGCCGUGUGCUGCUGCUGCUCCCGCCCGCCCCCGCCCCCGCCGUAGGAGGCUUUGGCUGCGGCGCUCAUGGCUUGCGGCGCUGUCGAUUUGGCGGAGCGGCGUGAGAGCUCUGAGGUGGUGGCCGACGUGUGAGCACCGGAGCCAUGUCGCACGAGAAGAGCUUUCUGGUGUCGGGCGACCCUUUUCCUGGACAGCAGCCCCCAGUUCCACCAGGCUAUGCCCAGCCUCCAUACCCAACAGCUCCCUAUCCACAGCCACAGUUCCAACCGGCAGCCUAUGCCCAGCCUGGCUACCCCGCUGCGGGGCCCUACCCACAGGGACCCUACCCAGCUGCAGGGCCCUACCCGCAAGGGCCCUACCCAGCUGCGGGGCCCUACCCGCAAGGACCCUACCCUCAGGGGCCCUACCCGCAGGGACCCUACCCUCAGGGGCCUUAUGGCCAACCACAUCCUGUCGGCCCUGUGGACCAAGACUGUGGAACAAGGCCCCCUGUCUAUGUGAUCUGGAGAUCAGGCACCGUGGCCUCCAGGAUUGCACCGCUGCACAGUAACUACCAUGAAGACGGGCCUCCCUCCUAUUACGACAACCAGGAUUUCCCCACUACGAACUGGGACGAUAAAAACAUCCGCCAGGCCUUCAUUCGCAAGGUGUUCCUCGUGCUGACCCUUCAGCUCUCCGUCACCUUUGCCUUCGUGGCCAUCUUCACCUUUGUGGACGGCGUGAAGGGCUUUGUGAGGAAAAAUGUCUGGACCUACUACGUCUCCUACGUCAUCUUCUUCAUUUCGCUCAUUAUUCUCAGCUGCUGUGGAGAGUUCCGGCGCAAGCACCCCUGGAACCUUGUUGCCCUGUCCGUCUUGACCCUGUGCCUCUCCUACAUGGUGGGCAUGAUCGCCAGCUUCUACAACACGGACGCUGUCUUCAUGGCGGUGGGCAUCACAGCUGUUGUCUGCUUCACCGUCGUUCUGUUCUCCUUGCAGACCAAGUAUGACUUCACCUCCUGCCACGGCGUGCUCAUCGUCUGCCUGGUGGUGCUCAUCGUCUUCUCCAUCCUGUGCAUCUUUAUCCAGAACCGCAUCUUGCAGAUUGUCUACGCCUCCCUCGGAGCCCUUCUCUUCACUUGUUUCCUGGCUGUGGACACUCAGAUGAUCCUGGGGAACAAGCAGCUGGCCAUCAGUCCGGAGGAGUACGUCUUUGCAGCCCUCAACCUCUACACAGACAUUAUUAACAUCUUCCUUUACAUCUUGGCCAUCAUCGGGCGUGCCAAGGAGUAGGGCGCCGGCAGCGUAGAGUUCCCCCUUCCUCCCAAGCCCCGUCUCUUGUCCUGGUUCUCCUCCUCCGGGGGCUCUUUUUCCGUCCGUAUUUGUGUUCUCCUCCUCGCCCGUCCUCCCCAGAUUGUGCUUUGCUGGGUCAGAUGACAGGAUGGGACACCUCAGGGCAGCAAAGGGCUGAGCCGUGUUCCUUCCGCCUGCCCCCACGUCGGGGGUGGGGGGAUGUGUAAAUAUGCUGCACUUUGGGGGUGUUUUUCUUCUUUUGCAUUUUGGUCUGGAAAUGGAAAUAUUUAUUUAAUACAGAGGAACGUCCUUGGCCCGGGCAUGCCACCCAUGCUCCCCUCCCCACCCCACCCGCUGCCCCCCACAAGUACCAAAGCUCUUCUAGUGCUCCGCUCCUGUUGCACUCAAACACCCUUCCUCUUGGCUGGGAAUGAGCUCUUAUCUCCUUCUCCCUGCCCCAGUAUUAGGAGGUCCUGAUCCGCUUUGCCUUCCACGUUCCUGGGCUUGGUGUUCCAGCCGUUGUGAAGGCCGAGUCUGUGCAUCCUCACCCCUCUGUUCUGCCUUCCUUCCAGAAUGUUGGGGGAGGUUGUCCUCUUCUCCUCUCGUGGUGGGCCAGGGGCACGGGGUGCAGAGGCUUUCCUGCGCUGGGCCUCCACCCGAUCUGUGGCUCUGCGGAGGCCUUUUGCACACCGAGGGGAAGUCAUAGCCUGGGAGACUUGCUGUCGGCUAGAUGCUGUGCAUCCCGCUCCCUCCUCUCCUUCCUCUUCCCCCCCCCAGGGGGCUUUGGCCUGCAGCAUGCUGAGCAGCCACAGCAGUGCCCUCUGGGCCUCUGCACUCAGCUGUAUCUAUAGGAUGUCUGAAUAAAACUGAGCCUGUUCCAGAAGCCAGCAGCCAUCUGUCUUGUCUUUCCUGGGGUGCCAGGGGAGCGCACGCAUGGCCAGCCAGGGAUGUGGGUCUGGGGAGCAGGUCUGAUGGGGCCAAGGGCUGCAUGCAGCUGGGGGCUGGGGAGCCUGCCUCCUUCCAAAAUGCGGGCCUUUUUUGUGUGUGCAAUCUCUGGGAUCCUUCGAAGUGUAGCGAGGCUGCAGACCAGGGGAAGGGUGUGUGCAUGUGGUGUCUGCUCAGGGCCACGCCAACGCUCUUUUGGCAGCUGACGUAAGGGUUGGGGGCUGCUUCACCCAUGAAGUGGGGCAGAAGUCUGGGGAACUGUGUGUCAGCACACCACAUGCCUUCCCCAUGCUUCUUCUGGGUCCCCCAUGGGCUCUGCCUGAGCCUCACAGCUGUUCUGGCCACUCCCUUCUGCACGGGCACAGCUGGUACCAGGCACUCUCGGGAUCCUUGCCUGGGCGGCAUGCUUCUCACCGGCACGGUGGCUACAUAGCCCCGGACUCGGACCCUGGAUGGAGAGCUGCUUCCUGCCCCGGAGGAGUGGGGGCCAAGGCCUCCUCCAGCUCACAUUGUCCCACAAGAAAAGCUCAGCACUGUGCCCUCAGCAGGGCCCACAGCACCCACCCCUUUGCUUCACAGAGCCUUCCUUCGCGUUGGCCUUGAGUUUGGUUUAAGAGCUUCCCCCCACACACACGUGGCGGCAGAGAGGCCGAGGGGGAGAAGGCUUUGCCUAAGGCCACCUGAGGGCAGGCGUCACGCAGCCCAAUAUCCUGUGUCUCAUGGUGAACAGUGAGAUGCCUCUGGGUGGCCCUUGAGCAGAGAUGGAAGGAAACGGGCUGCCCCCAGCAACGGGGGUCCAAAGAACCACUGCCUCUGAACAAGGAGGCUCUCCUAAGCCAGUCUUCCUGGCCCGCCCGUUAAUUCUGUGCUGAGGAAAGAAGUGCGUGGCUCCUAUCUGCCGCCUGCCUCUCCACUGCCAAUGGGUGGCCGGGGGUCUGUGGUAUUUUGGGAGAGGGGGGAGAAGUCGCCCAGUCCCUUCCUGUGCAGAACGCGUGGCCCUGAAAGCCCAGGGAGAGCUUUUCUUGGUUGAUAACCUGCCACCUCUUCCCAGUUUUUCUUGUAUGUGGCACUUCUUCUGGGAGCAAGUUAAGCGAGGCUGAGGGGAGCAGGCAAGGCGGUGCAGCUCUGGCACAUCCAAGGCGUUCCUGGGAGCUGCCUGGGCCGGAGCGUCUGUAUUCCCAGAGCAAGUGAGAAAGGCCAGUGCAGUGCUGGGAGCUCCCAGGAGGAGGGGAUGCACGGAGGGGUCAGCCCAGGCAGGCCUUUGGUCUGAGCCAGCCCUGUUCUUCUGGUGUGCUUGUUGGUUUCUGUGCCUGGCCUGGCUCACGAGCCUGAGUUAUUGGCAGUGAGACGUGUUGUGGAGGGAAGCCCUGCCUUGCAGCAGUCGGCACUCUCGUGGUGUCUGCGAAGGAACAAGGGAAGCCGCCCCGUUUUCCCCUAAUGGAGUUCUGGCCCUUCUCUUGUGGCGUACUUUCAUCCCCAGCUGCCCGCAGAAAUUCAGGCUUCGGGUUCUGGGCUUGUCUGCUGCUGCUGCUGCUGUGUGUGUGUGUGUACGUGCAUGCGCGUCGGGUGCUUCUCGACUCUCUCUACCUGCCACUGCACCUGUGUCUGAGUUCCAAAUCACUCUUGCCCUCCUCCCUUCCACUAGGAUGGCGCUUACCUGCCGGGCACUAAAAUGGGUCUUUCCUGCUAGGACAACAUGUCCAUUUCUAGGGCACCAGUUCUGUGACUCCACCAUGUGGCCGGAAGCUUGCGGCCAGCUGCCUUCCGCAGAAACGAGUGAAAUUCCAGGCGGGAACAGGAAGGUUUGGGGACUGCAGCACUGAGAGCCACCUAGUAGGAGCAGUGCACGACCUUGUUAUCUGCUAAGGUGGCCCUUUAGUGAGUUUGUCUCUCCAUGGCCCAGUGACCUACCAGAAAUGCCCUUCCUUGAACGGGACGGUCAGAAGGCCAGCCAGUGAGCUGGCCAUCUGGUCCAGCAGCCUGUUCCAUACAGUGAGCAGCUGCAUGGAGGACAAGGCCUUCCCUUGGUGCCGCCUCCCAGUGCGGAGAUUCAGAGCUUUGCGGCCAGUCCCAUGACUAGCGAUGGCUAGUUGCCAUCAGUGGAGCUGCCCUCCUGGAAUUCAUCCAACCAUCUACACACAAGGCUGUCAUGCUGUCCACCGGCAAUGAAUUGCACAGUUUAAAUGCUCACCGAGUACGGAAAGACGUGCUUUUAUCUGUUCUGUACCUGUUGCCCAUCAACUUAAUAAUCUGUCCCAGAAUUCCAUCAUGAAAGGAGAGAGAAAAAAGCCCCCUCCCGCCCCAGGCGUAUUUUAUGAACCUCUUAGGUGUUGUUUUUCAAGACUGUUUAUUUAUUUAUUUAUAUAAGUUAUUUGAGAGUCAAGGCAAAUUACAAAGCAAUUCAGUCAGAUAGUUUUAAAAUAUCUAAUGAACUAUGUAAUAGACCUUUGUUUACAGAAUUAGAAAACUGCAAAUAAAAGAACCUGUCUAAGGCG